GCACAGCUCGUUCCUCUCCCGCUCAGCCGUGCAGGCUGAAUCGACCAAAGCAAUGGUUAUGGAGAAGCCUAGUCCCCUGCUGGUCGGGCGGGAAUUUGUGAGACAGUAUUACACACUGCUGAACCAGGCCCCAGACAUGCUACACAGAGUUUAUGGAAAGAACUCUUCUUAUGUCCAUGGGGGAUUGGAUUCAAAUGGAAAGCCAGCAGAUGCAGUCUAUGGACAGAAAGAAAUCCAUAGGAAGGUGAUGUCACAACAUUUCACCAACUGCCACACUAAGAUCUGUCAUGUCGAUGCUCAUGCCACUCUGCAUGACCGUGUGGUGGCCCAGGUGAUGGGCUUGCUCUCUAGUAACCACCAGGCUUUGAGGAGAUUCAUGCAGACCUUUGUCCUUGCUCCUAAGAGCUCUGUUGAAAAUAAGUUCUAUGUUCACAAUGUUAUCUUCAGAUACCAAGAUGAGGUCUUUGGUGGCUUUGUCCCUGAGCCUCAGGAAGAAUCUGAAGUAGAGGAACCUGAAGAAAGACAGCAGACACCUGAGGUGGUACCUGACGAUUCUGGAACGUCCUAUGAUCAAACUGUCAGCAGUGACUUAGAAGAACAUUUAGAAGAACCUGUUGCUGAACCAGAGCCUGAUCCUGAACCAGAACCGGAGCAAGAACCUGUGUCUGAAGUCCAAGAGGAAAAGUCUGAGUCAGUAUUGGAAGAAACUGUUCCUGAGGAUGCUCAGAAGAGUUCUUCUCCAGUACCUGCAGACAGCCCAGACAUACCAGCUUUACAGCCUCGUCCGGAGUCUAAGCCUGAAUCUCAAAUUCCACCGCAGAGGCUUCAGAGGGAUCAAAGGGUUCGAGAACAGCGAAUAAAUGUUCCUCUCCAGAGGGGACCUAGACCAGUCUGUGAGGCUGGUGAGCAAGGUGAUGUUGAACCCCAAAGAAUCGUGAGACACCCUGACAGUCACCAGCUCUUUAUCAGCAACCUGCCUCAUGAGGUGGACAAAUCAGAGCUUAAAGAUUUUUUUCAAAAUUAUGGGAAUGUGGUGGAGCUGCGUAUUAACAGCGGUGGGAAAUUACCCAAUUUUGGGUUCAUUGUGUUUGAUGAUUCUGAGCCUGUUCAGAAGGUCCUUAGCAACAGGCCCAUCAUGUUCAGAGGUGAGGUCCGCCUGAAUGUAGAAGAAAAGAAGACUCAAGCCACCCGGGAAGGGGAUCGCCGAGAUAACCACCUGCGGGGACCUGGAGGCCCUCGAAGUGGGCUUGGUGGUGGGAUGACAGGCACCCCCCGAAGAGGCAUGGUGCAGAAACCAGGAUUUGGAGUGGGAAAGGGCAUUGCUCCAAGGCAGUGAAUUGCUCUUCACCAA